AUGCCCGUGCUGAUCGAAAGCUGCAAGGCCUUGAAGAGGACUCCCGAGGACGCCGUGGACGGACUGGACUUUGGCGACCAAGUGGGCGACGAUGACGGCGUCGGUGAGGACGUGGAGAGUAUUAAUCCGCAAGCCCACCACGAAGCCUUCCUGGAUGUCCUAUCCGCGGUCCCGGACGUAGCGAAAUCAAAGGAUAUGGCGGCGCCCUCGGCCCUGAGGCGCUUGGACGAAGAGGCGAGGGCAGUUGACCCAAGCCAGGACGACAGCAAUGCUGCCCCAGCGUGGUCGCCAUUUUUAUACCAUGUUACAGGACCUCCAAGACUCGCCUUUCCGCGGCAUGGGACUGCCCAGCCGCGAGGAGAUCGACGCGGUAUUGAAGGUCCAGAAGAAAGAGGACAGCAGCGUCACGGCGAAGAUCCAGGGCAGGCAAAUGAAUCCGUCUUUCUGCGCAUGCCGGCGAGCCACACGGGGAGCCCACGGUUGCCCGUUCACGGACGCGAAAGAUCUCCAGAAGGGGUCGGCCCGGGCGGACAGAUGCGGCUCGAGCUCGGGCGUUAUGCAACAUACGUCGAUGUGGCCCUGGGGCUCACAAGGCACUGGACUUUGAAUAAGCUCCAGUCGAUGGCAGUCUUGCUACCAGCGGCCCAGGUGGGCGGUCUCACGCUCGCGGCGGUGGACAGCCGCCUGAAGCAGUACAGAGACGACCACCAUCGACCGUUCGGCGGGAUCCCAAUGGUCAUGUUCUUUGGUGACUUCUUCCAGUUCGACCCCGUCCUGCAGACCAGCCUCCUCUUGCCAACGCCUAGGGACCCCGGUGGACAGAGACCGGACAGCUCGGCAAAGCACUUAGCAGCGCAUAAGCUGUUCCUCCAGUUCGCGAACGUCGUCAUCCUACCGCGAACAGGUCCGCGCGGCCGGCUGUGCAAGGCUGCGGAGCUUCCUCCGGCGCCUGCGCAGUGGGGAGCAGACCGAGCUGGACUUCCAGCGGCUGAGCCAACGCGUCUAUACACCGUCGUGCGAGUCCUCCUUCGUAGACGGCCUGAGAGCCAUCACGCCUCUGAACCAAGACCGGUGGGACCUGAACAUGGCGGCCGUCGUCCAGUGGGCUCGUGCCCACGACGACUCGCAGCUGCCGACCCCCGGCCUGUUCUUCUACGCCCAAGGGAUGCCGGUAGUGGUGACUCGGAACCAGUUUGUCGGGCUAAAGGUCGUCAACGGGGCGCCUUUUCAAGGCCGUCGACAUCUUUCCCGACCUCGCCGCCGGCACCAUCGCCCUUCGCCAGCGAUGUGACUCUUCAUCUUGGACCGCCGGUGGCCGUCCUCCUCGAGUCAGACGACAGCGCGGGCCUCGCCAUCCCCGGGCUCCCCAAUGGCACCAUUUUAAUCAAAGAGCAAGACGGUCGCCAUCCCCGAGCCCAAAUGCGGGGCAAGGAAAGGCAGAUGGAGGGGCAAGCCAGGUUUUCAGGUGGGUCACCCACCGAACGGGGCCCUCUUUGCACCCCGGCCUUCGCCAUGACAGAUCAGAAGAGCCAGGGCAAGCAGUUCUCCAACGUCCUCGUCAACCUCAAAGGCGUCCACUCCAGCGGUACGGUGACUCGACCCAGCUUCAUGAGCUUGUACGUGCAGCUGUCGAGGGCGCAGAGCUGGGACGGGCUGCAUCUGUUUCGGAAACCGGGGCGUGGCGACUUUAUUGAGCCCAAGAAUGUGCUCGACAAAGACAUGAGGGAGGCCAUCCUCAAGCUGGAACGACGGGGUGAGGAGACCAGACGGCGGUUCGAGCAAGACCACAGGCACGAGUCGUGGUUUCAAGAAUGGGCUGCCAUGCCUGAAUCUGGCCAGGGUACUGAAACCGAUGACGUAGAGGACGCGGCGCUCUGGCGAGACCCUGGGGUUUCCGAGCUCAGAUCGUAG